CCACCCCACCGCACCCGCCUGCGCGCCGCCGCCCCCACCCCUUGCCGUGCUGGGUGCGCUGCGGGGCUGCUGUGCUCAGAGCGCUUCCUCAGCGCUAGGAGACCCCCGGAGCGCCCGGGUUCAAAGGCCCCGCGCGUAGCUCCAGCCCUCUGGGGGGCGGGGAGGCGAGGGGGUGGUGCGGGAGCCAGAAAAGCCUGAGCCCACAGCCGGCCGCCGUGCGCAGGGAUGGACAGCGUGCUCUGAAGUUUGUGACCGCUGCAGCCAACUCCUGGCGGGAGCGGGGACCCAGCAAGUGAGAGGCCCUCCGCAAACCCCACAGCUGGAGGGUGAGGCCCGAGAGCCCUUCUGGGGCCACAGGAGUGCGUCCUCCAGGCCCGGUGCUCCCGCGCCUGAUCGGGGUUCAUGGAGCUGGGGCUGUGGCUACUCUUCGGGCUCACAGUGACCUCCGCUGCAGGAUUGGUGCCUGGCGCCCAGCCUGCAGCCAGAUCGGAGGGGGACAUUGAGACCGUGGCCAGGACUGCAGCGCAGGGUUCAAGUCCCCGGAGCCCUGGGCAGGAGCAGGGACCAGGUUGGUUUGGGGAGCAGGUGGCCAAGGGGAGCCCUGCACGCCGCCGAGCCAGACGCUGCACGUGUUUCACCUACAAGGACAAGGAGUGCGUCUACUAUUGCCACCUGGACAUCAUCUGGAUCAAUACCCCCGAACAGACUGUGCCCUAUGGACUGUCCAGCUACCGAGGACACUCCCGCAGCAGGAGGUCCACAGCGCCGUUUCCGCGGAGCCCACAGCCCUCCAAGUGGACGCUGCGCUGUGCUUGUGCGGCGAGCCACGACCCCGCCUGUGAGCGUUUCUGCACCGGAACCCUGGCUGUCGGCAGGCACUCAGGGGCCGAAGAACCGGACCAAGGAGAGGCAGUGCUGGCCAGCGGGGUGGACAGAGGCCCGCAUCCGAGGAGGUUGAAGUCAAGGACAGACAGACAGAGCCGUCUUUAGACCUCCACCAUCACAGGCUUGCCCGGCGUGGGCCCCGCCUCCGCCUGCUGCCCCUGGAGCCCCCCAGGAGGCCUGCCCAGCCCAUGUUCCUGCCCCGACACGGUUCACAUUUCUGCCUCUUUGAGGACAAAGA